CAUAUGUCAUUAUAAUCCAGAUAGGAAUUUGCUAUGCUAGGGCAUAUAAGUCUCAACACCGAUAUCUUAGCCUUUCUUCUAAUUUGUUACAUGGCCCCAUUCUUGAGUCAAUCUCUCAACUUGUGAAUCUGAAAGUUCUUUAUCUUCUUGGUAAUAACCUAAACAGUCAGAUACCUUCUUACUUUGGUAAUUUUACACAGCUUCGAUAUCUUAUCCUUUCUUCUAAUUUGUUACAUGGCCCCAUUCCUGAGUCAAUCUCUCAACUUGUGAAUCUGGAAGUUCUUUAUCUUGAUGAUAAUAACCUAAACGGAACAGUGGAGCUAGAUGUGUUUCUUAAUCAGAAGAAUCUUACUAGUCUUUAUCAAUCGGGUAACCAAUUAACAUUGCUCACCAGUAGCUUCAUCAAUGCUACGCUUCCCAAGUUUGAGUCCCUCGGUUUGAACUCAUGCAACUUAACUGAGUUUCCAAAUUUCUUGAAAACUCAAGACAAUUUGCAGUCAUUAGACCUCAGCAACAACAGUAUUCAAGGCCCCCUGCCUACAUGGAUAUGGAACAUGAGUACACAAACUCUGUCUUCCCUUCACCUUUCUCAAAACUUUAUAACUGCCUUUCACCAACCUCCUCCUUUAGUCCUUCCGUGGGACAGACUAUGGCUUUUAGACUUUAGUUCUAACAUGCUGCAAGGAUCACUCCUUGUCCCACCACCAUCCAUCGGCAUUUAUAAUGUCGCAAACAACAAAUUGACUGGGGAGAUUCCACUAUUGAUCUGCAAUGCGAGUUCUCUUUGGGUCCUGGAUUUAUCUUAUAACAAUCUAAGUGGCAUCAUUCCUCAAUGUUUGGGCAGUUUUUCUGAUUCUCUGGAGUUAUUGAAUCUUCGAAACAAUAAAUUACAUGGCCCCAUUCCUCAAACAUAUAACAAUGGAACCCAACUGAGGAUGAUCAACUUGAGUCAAAACCAAUUGCAAGGGCCAGUGCCAAAUUCGUUGGUCAAUUGUUCACUUCUAAAGAGUUUUGAUCUUGGAAACAAUCAGAUUGAUGAUGUUUUUCCCUUUUGGCUGGGAACACUUCCAGAAUUGAAGGUUCUGAUUUUGCGAUUCAAUAGAUUCCAUGGUGUAAUGUGGAACCCUAACUCCAGUUUUGCUUUCUCCAAAUUGCACAUUCUUGACAUCUCUCACAAUGGUUUCAUAUCUUUCGAUUACUUCCAUAUCUUAACAGCCAUGAAAACUAUUGAUGGUGAUGAAUCAACAUAUAUUGGGAGAGUUGUUGACAAUGGAUUUACUAACGCGUUGACACUGACAAACAAAGGUGUGCAAAUUGUGUAUUUGUAUACCCUAAAUAUUUUCACUGCCAUUGAUUUGUCAAGCAACCGAUUUGAAGGAGAGAUUCUGGAAUCUAUUGGGAUUCUCAAGUGUCUUCACAUGCUCAAUCUUUCCAACAACCACCUCAUUGGUCAGAUUCCAUCUUCGUUGGGGAAUCUAACGGAGAUUGAAUCGUUGGACCUUUCUCAAAACAAGCUCUCAGGAGAGAUACCUCAGCAACUAUCCCAACUUACGUUCCUUGCAAUCUUCAAUGUCUCUUUUAAUCAUCUCAGAGGGCCAAUUCCACAAGGGAGGCAAUUCGAUACAUUUCCAAACAAUUCCUAUGAGGGGAAUUUAGGAUUGUGUGGAGACCCUUUGUCGAAGAGAUGUGACAACUCAGACGCAUUGCAACCACCACCACUACCUUCGAACUUCAAACAAGAUGAUGAUCAUUCAUGGCUUGCAAUUGAUAGAAGUGAUUGGAUUGUCAUAUGCAUGGGUUAUGGUGGUGGGUUAGUAGCUGGGUUGAUCAUUGGGCACACUCUUGUCGCAAGGUAUCAUGAAUGGUUUGUCAGCACCUUUGGAAGGAGCCAAAAGAAGCAGAGGACGAAAAAGAAUGGGCGAAGAAGCUAAAUUUGAUGAGCCCAUAUUCGUUCAUGGCUUUGUAGAUGGACUUUUCGUCUGGAGGUGCAUAAAGGAAAUGAAGAAUUUCAGCUCCAGCAUGGAGUUUCCACCAGCUAUCAGUUCAAAUUUCAUUGGUAACUAUCAAGGUUUUAGCUCCACUGGUAUGGACUCCUCCUCCCAUAAAAUAAAUAAAUAAAUCAUUGCUUACAUGAACAAUCCGAAACUCUUCUGAUGGAAAUUGUUAGUGCGGUGGUUAUUAAUUUUUUUGGCAAAGUUAUACUUUGUUUGUUUGUUGUUGUUUUUUUUUUUUUUUUUUUGAUAUUCUUCUCGGAAUGUAUGAGAGAACUUUUGUUUAUUUGUUUU